AUGAAGUUUCUCUCCAUCCCGAUGGACGCGCGUGCCGCCGCCGAAGCUCUGCUCGAGAAGCGUGGGGCAGGGCGGUACAGCCUCGGCGUUCUGUGCCUGUGCGGCUUCGGGUGGAUGAGCGACGGCGCCGAGAAUGUCGUCCUCUCCUACAUGCUUCCCACGCUCGAGGACCUGUGGUCGCUCUCGCCGGGCCAGCUGGGCGCCAUGUCGACAGCCAUCUACUUUGGUCAGGCGGCGGGCGCCACCUUCUGGGGUGCGCUCGCGGACGCCGGCGGCCGGCGGCCAGUCUUCCUCCUCUCCCUCGCGCUGACCGUGCUCUUUGGCGUCGCAUCCUCGGCCGCGCCUGGCUUCUACACCUACUGCAUGCUCCGACUCGUCACGGGCUUUGCCAUCGGAGGCGCAGCAGUGCUGUCUCGCCGGAACCUGCCCCUCGCCGUCUCGCUCGCCUCGGAGCUGCUGCCACCCUCACUUCGCGACCGCGGCGUCGUCGCGCUUCAGCUGUUCAACGAGAUUGGCAGCCUGGGAAGCACCGGCCUCGCCGCUCUGCUGCUGCCCGGCCGAUGGCGCCUCUACCUCUGCCUGGUCGCGCUGCCCGCGGCUGCGGUGCUCGCGGCGGCCGCCUUCGCGCUGCCCGAGAGCCCCCUCUGGCUCAUCUCGGCGGGGAGGGGCGGCGAGGCGGCGCAGGUCCUCGCCAGCAUCAGCGCGGGAGGGAGCGGCGUCACGCGGCUGCUUCCCCGCAGCCGGACGCUCGCGUCGGCAGACGCGCAGAGCCGCAUCGUCGCGGCGCGCGGCGGCGGCGAGGGCUGCGAUGGCGAUGGGACCGUCGGGCUGCCACCGGCCAGGGAUGAUCGCGCCGACCGGGCUCGGCGCCCUCGCCUCGCCAUCGGCUGCCCGCACAGGCUCGGCGGCGCGCUGCGACCCGUGCGUGGCCUCUGCGUCGCGUCGCUCCGGCCAACCACGACGCUGCUGGCGGCGUUGUGGUUUGCGGCCAACUUUGGCAGCGGCUGGUGGGCCUGGACUCCCGAGCUGGCAAAGCGGCAGGGCUUGGCGCCCGCCUCCAUGUACGUGGCGAUGACGGUUGCUCGCGUGGUGGCGAUGGCCGCGUUCGUGCUCGCUGCCGCUGUGAUCAGGCGCACCGGCGCCUACCCGCUUCUGCUCUCCGCCCUCGCGGGCACCCUGGCGUGGUCCUUGGCGCUGACUUGGAUCGUCGACAGCCGCGAGCGGUUCGCCUCGGACCUCUUUGUCGUCGCCUACGCCCUGUUUGCCCUCACCUUUGGCAUCGUGUGGCCAGUCCUAUACGUGGUCACGCCGGCUGCCUUCCCUGCCACGGCGCGCGGCGCCGGCUUCGGCUUGGUCAGCGCCUUCAGCAAACUUGGCGGCCUAACGUGCCCCAACGUCGUCGCGCUGCUUCUUCCACCCGCCUCGCCGCCGCCACCGAGCGCGCCGCCCGAGGCCUCUUCCCGGCAAGGACUCGCUCCUCUUCUUGGUCACGAGCAGCCAGCGCUGCACCGUAUUGGCCUUCUAUUCACGGUUGGCUGGGCCAUUGCGCUUGGCACUGCCGCGCUGCAGGCGGCGCGGCAUCAUGACGUCAGUGACGCAGAGGCCGCCGAGGAGCCAUGCGCGACAUCCACAGCGCCGCCCGUGCCAUCACCGGCACCGGCACCGGACCGGUCGAUGCCGAUGGCGCCCGCUGUGGAGCGGUCCGACUCGGAGGAGCGAGCUUCCGUGUAG